GACAAGACGCCGGCGUUCUACGCGAGACUCUGCGACUCUUUGGAGAUCCUCCGCAAGUUCUUCCACGCCGAUGGUCAGGGUGUACCUCUUGACGCGCUCAAGUGUGACCUCUUCGACGCUACCAGCCGCAGCCUUAAGCUGAACAGCCUUUCCACGGAGCAGCUGAUGGACAUGUUCCACAAGGAGCGACUGGAGGCGCAGGAGGCGCAGGAGGCGCAAGAGUUCGGCACACUCUCCGUCCGCGUCUACUUCCACCACGACUCGCUCUCCGUUGAGAUCCUCAACGCCAAGAAUGUGAUCCCGCUGGACCCGAACGGCCUGAGUGAUCCUUUCGUCAUUAUCGAGCUUCUGCCCCGGCAGCUGUUCGCCUCGUGCGUCGAGCAGCAGACAGUGGUGCACAAGCGCACACUCAACCCCGUCUUCGACGAGUGCUUUGAAUACUCGGUGACUCUGGAGCAGUGUCGCGCCGACGGCGCUAUGAUCCUCUUCACGGUCAUGGACCACGACGUGCUGACCUUCAACGACUUCGCUGGCGAGGCGUAUCUCUCGCUGAACCACAUCCCCGGUGUCGAUCGGGGCAGUGCCAACUCGGACAACUUCCACGGCCUGAAGGAGAUCGAGCUGAAUCUGAUGCAUCAGCGCGACAGAGAACAUCCGAUCCUCAAGACCCUGGAGAGCAGACACUGGGACAAGGCGGCGCAGGACUUUUUGAAGAAGUGCCGCGAGCGAGUCACCAGCUUCUGAACAGGCCUCUGAGGGCGGUAAAUCGCACGGCCCCGCCUCCCUGGCCGGACCUGUGACUGUGACGUCACUUGCCGCGCGGUGACGGGCUGCAGCUCCGCGUCCGACCGCCUGCCUCCGCCCCGCGCCCUGUCGGGCGAGCCGAGUGUGAUUGGCCCGCGGCCAGGUCACGUGUUGUGUCGCCAAGUGACGCUGGGGCCCCGUGGUAUCAGCUCGCGUGCUCUGGCGCGGAAUGCUGCUAUUUUGUGUGAUGCCAUUAGAGUGCGGCCGCGUCCAGCUACCGUGGCGUUCAUGUUACGUAUUCAAUCACACUCCCAUUGUUUAGCGCGAGGGCUACGUAAGCGCCAGAUAUCUAGUGAUCGUUCUUACAGCUGGGUAUUUUUGUUGUUUCUUGCCAGUCACGCGGGUCAUGACACUGGUGCUUUUUAUAAUUAGUUGUGUUCUCGGGUGCCAGACGUGGUUCGCUACAAAUCAAAACCCAGAUGGAUAAGGAGUGGAUGGGAUGUAGGAGCGAUUAUUCCUCGGCGCACAUUUCCAUCGAAGGUAAUGUUUCGUUUCAGCUCCGUGCAAACGAAGAACACAUUAAUUUGCCUUGUAACCGACUAACUUUGCCUACUUAUAUCCUGCCCGCCUCACGUGUUAUCUUAGAUGUGUCUUAACCGUUCAAAGACACGCGUGUUUCCUAUACCUCUUGCGCCAUGUAUUGUGCGUGUUGAGAAGUCGAAACAUUCCACACCGCCUACCGCUUUCUUUGGUGACUGGAACCAGAUGUAUAUUGCUCCAGUGUUGCCGACGUCGAUAAGGCCGCCCUCCCCUUGAUUGGCGGCUGGACGUUAACGUCCCCGUCACUUCGACCCGGAAUGUUUCCCGUAUGGUUAUCGUUCCGGGUUUACGGCAACCGAACUGGGCCGUACCGCGCACCUGACCAAUCACAUCGCUGGUGCGAACGGGCCGACCAAUCGCGGUGCGGCUCGCCGCCCGGCCGAUUGGUUCCGUCAGCCGGCCUCAGUAGUCGCUCGAGGACCGUUCUAGCGCCUCGGCGCCGUGCCGGUGGUCUGCCGUUCAGCCCAUGACCCAAUCUAGUCCGUGAUGCUAGUCGACCGUGGGCGACCUUUGUCCUGUCCGCCAGGGGUGUGCCCUGUCGUGCGCGGGUCUCCCCGGGUCUUGUCCACCUGCCUGCCGCCUUCACAUUUACCCGCCAGUGUACCGGCCGUGUUUUGUGCCACUCUUGCCGGCGGCUACCCUUCCGACGCAGUCGGGUGGGGCUCGCCGGUAACCGAGAGGCGGGGUUUUGUACCUGGCCCGCGCGCCGCCGCACGAGCCGACCUCAGCGCUGCGCUCGUGACCCCACUCCACCGGGGAGUCACGCGGUCAAGCAUCGCCGGGCAAUCUGGCACGUGUUCGUCCUUUGACUCCCUGACAGCGUUUCCGCCGGUCGGCGUCUGACCUCGUGACCGCGCCGCCGCAGCAGAUCGUGACGGGUCGUAGGUUACCUGGCGCGUGCUCUCGGGCGUUUGAUGUCGUCGCCUCAGCGCAGGUUCUGUCUGAAAUGCAAACCUUUCUUGCUGCACUGUUGCCGUGAAAUACACUACCUUAUCAAG